AUGUCCAACAAGUUGCAUAUCAGUUAUAAUCAGAUCCAUGACUCUAUCCGUCAAUCCGUCGAUCGUUUCAACAUCAACGACGAUUUCAAGCCUGAUCUCAUGAUUGCUAUUGGCGGUGGUGGCUUCAUCCCUGCUCGUAUGCUCCGUACUUUCCUCAAAAAGACCAGCCGUGGUAACAUCCCUAUCCAAGCCAUUGGUCUUUCCUUGUACGAAGAGCUUGCUAAUGCUAACGGCGAAGAGAAGCCUGGUACCCAAGUUCAAAAGACUCAAUGGCUCAACUUUGGUGCCUCUCACUCGGAAAUCUCUCUUUUGGGCCGCCGUAUUCUCAUUGUUGAUGAGGUAGAUGAUACUCGCACCACAUUAGCCUUCGCUGUCGAAGAGCUUCAAAAGGAUAUUGAGGCCGAGGAAAUUCGUAAGGGUAUGAAGCCUGGAGAAUCCAACACUGUUUUGGGUAUUUUUGUCCUUCACAACAAGCUCAAGGCCAAGAAGCGUGAUUUGCCCGAGGAGAUCAAGAAGAACUACUUUGCUGCUGUUGAGAUGCCUGAUCAGUGGUUGGUUUAUCCCUGGGAUGCUGUCGAUAUUGAGGAACACACUGAAUUGGCCAACAAGCAUCAGUAG